CAACAGCUGCUGGUCACAGGGUGCCUCUUGUCAAAAUAUAUUUGUGAACAAAUUUUCGGUAAAAAAAUGGCCAGCAGACAAUUGGUAAACAAUUUGGCCAAACUUGGACGCCCGUGUCAAACAUGGAUGUCGCCAUUGGCCGCCGUUCGCCAUAAGAGCUGUCGCACCGAUAUCGAGAAGGUCACUCAUACCGGCCAGGUUUUCGACAAGGAUGACUACCGCAAUGUGCGAUUCACCAACGCCACUCGUUAUGUGAACGAAAACUGGGGCAUUAAGCUCAUCGAGGAAGUUCCACCCAAGGAGUGCACCGAGCGCGUGGUGUUCUGUGAUGGUGGCGAUGGUCCCCUUGGCCAUCCCAAGGUGUACAUCAACCUGGACAAGCCCGGCAAUCACUCGUGCGGCUACUGUGGCCUGCGUUUCGUUAAGAAGGAGGAGCAUCAUUAGGCCAUGGCAUUUGGCUCCCCAGCAUCUUAAGAUCCUGUCUAUCCUGUUGCUCUAGCUUAAAUUUUAAACUGAAUAAAAUUAAACCUCAAAAUGGC